CUGGAGUGAAAAUUGUUUGACAGGGAGGUGAGGCGACCUGUAGUCAGGGACUGCCGCCACAAAAGUUAGUUUUUUUUUAAUUUUUWAUUUUUUACCCGCGGUGGCGAACAGUCUCCGAGUCACCGGAAAGGAAAGGCAGAGCCGAGAAACGACAAAUGAUUCGUACGAGURAGCAACAGGGCACGGGGAGCGAAAUGUCAGCGACUGUCUCAGCCUUGAGCAACGGGAAGCGCGACUACUAGUAGUACAGCCCAACCGCAACGCGGAAAAUAUCCAGAGGGGAGAGAAUGCGAAUGGUGCGAAGAUACCGAAAUCAAACGAAAUGGAAACGAUGUAGCGUCGCCCCGGCAUUUCAUAUAGCUAGAWCUAACGUUAGAGUAGAAAACAGAUAGCUAAAGGAGCUAGCACGCCAACUAACAUACAUGUAAAGUUAUUCCCCGGAGAAGCUGAAGAAGCGAAGCCAGGAGGCGCGUGUGGAAUCAGAAGAGUUCAGCUGUUCUGCGAGGUUAUUAAGAAGAUAGAUAAAGAGGAUGCUGCGGAGAAGACUCAACCGAUUGUUCGGUGGUGAUGAGAGACGAGUGGACAACAGGACAAUCUACAUUGGCCAUCAGUCUUUUCCUGUCAGUGAGACUUUCACACCACCCAAGUUCUGUGACAACAGGAUUGUGUCAUCAAAGUAUACAGUCUGGAACUUUCUACCAAAGAACCUGUUUGAACAAUUUAGAAGAAUUGCCAAUUUCUACUUCCUCAUCAUCUUCCUGGUGCAGGUGAUAGUGGACACCCCUACCAGCCCAGUCACCAGUGGCCUACCUUUGUUUUUUGUCAUCACAGUAACUGCUAUCAAACAGGGAUAUGAAGACUGGCUAAGGCACAAGGCCGAUCGUGAAGUGAAUAAGUACAUGGUGACAGUGGUGGAGAAUGGAGUAAAGACACCAAAGGAGAGUGAGAAAAUCAAGGUUGGCGAUAUUGUAGAAGUUAAGGAAGAUGAGACCUUUCCCUGUGAUUUAAUACUGCUGCAGUCGAGUCGAGAUGAUGGCACAUGUUUUGUUACCACAGCAAGUCUGGAUGGAGAGUCCAACCAUAAAACACACUACACAGUGCCAGACAUCGAAAGGGAUCUGGAAUCUCUCAGCGCCACCAUCGAGUGUGAACAGCCACAGCCUGACCUUUACAAGUUUAAUGGUCGUAUGUACAUUUACAAAAACGAUCAGGAGUCCACAGUGAGGUCUUUAGGCCCAGAAAACCUGCUGCUGAAAGGAGCAACUUUAAAGAACACUCAGACGAUAUGUGGUGUUGCAGUUUACACUGGCAUGGAAACAAAAAUGGCUCUCAACUAUCAGGGCAAAUCUCAAAAGCGAUCUGUUGUAGAGAAGUCUAUCAAUGCCUUUCUUCUAGUUUACCUUUGUAUACUGGUGAGCAAGGCGCUUGUGUGCACAACACUUAAAUAUGUUUGGCAGAACAAACCUGGGCAGGAUGAGCCGUGGUACAACGAGAAAACCCAGAAGGAGAAAGAGACAAAUCUGUACUUAAAAAUGUUCACAGACUUCCUGUCCUUCAUGGUCCUCUUCAACUUCAUCAUUCCAGUGUCCAUGUAUGUCACAGUUGAGAUGCAGAAGUUUUUAGGAUCCUUUUUCAUCACGUGGGACAAAGAUUUUUUUGACCCUGAAAUUAAGGAGGGCGCACUGGUCAACACGUCGGACCUGAACGAAGAGUUGGGACAGGUGGAGUAUGUCUUCACAGACAAGACCGGCACACUCACCCAGAAUAACAUGGAGUUCAUCGAGUGCUGUAUCGACGGCUUCCAAUACAAACAUCGGGGCGCCUGCUCCGAGUUGGAUGGGUUUUGUGUCACAGAUGGACCAGUGARCAAACUGCAGCAGAAAGCUGGCAGGGAGAGGGAGGAGCUGUUUCUGCGAGCCCUGUGUCUCUGCCACACUGUCCAGGUGAAGGAGUCUACAGAGCAGGCUGAAAUCCUACGGGAAGAUCAAACAGAUCAGGUGGAUGGUUUGAGCUUAGAUGAAGAGGCGCUCCAAUCACCACAAGAAGAGAGGGGCUUCAUAGCUUCUUCGCCUGAUGAGAUCGCACUGGUCAAGGGUGCCAUGAGGUAUGGCUUCACAUUUCUGGGUCUUGAAAGCAAAACCAUGAAAAUUCUAAACAGAAAUAAAGAUGUUGAAACGUACGAACUGCUUCAUGUGUUGAACUUUGACCCAGUGAGGAGGCGAAUGAGUGUGAUCGUCAGAUCCAAAUCAGGUGAAGCGUGGCUUUUCUGUAAGGGUGCAGACUCUUCCAUCUUUCCUCGAGUCAAACAGGAGGAGGUGGAAAGGAUCAGAAUGCAUGUAGAACGCAACGCAACAGAGGGUUAUAGGACCCUGUGUGUGGCCUACAAACAACUUAGUGCAGAUGAGUAUGCCGAGGCAGACGCAGCGUUGGGAGAAGCUAAAUUGGCUCUGCAGGACAGAGAGGAGAAGCUUAUGGCCAUUUACAACCAAGUGGAGACAGGAAUGAGUCUAAUAGGAGCUACUGCMGUGGAAGAUCGCCUUCAAGAGGAAGCAGCGGAGACCAUGGAAGCUCUGCAGGGAGCAGGUAUGAAGGUUUGGGUCCUAACAGGGGACAAGAUGGAGACGGCAAAGUCCACCUGCUACGCUUGUGGAUUGUUCCAGAGGAGAACAGAGCUGCUGGAGCUAACUGUGCGCACGCUAGAGGAUCGAGGGAGGAAACGUGAAGACCGCCUGCAUGAGCUUUUAUCAGAGUAUCAUAAGAAAGCUGUUAUAGAUGUGCCACCAGUGAAGGCAGGUGGCAGCAGGGGUCGUUUUGUGGCCAGCCAGGACUUUGGGUUUAUCAUCGAUGGACCUUCUUUAUCCAUAGUGCUCAGCUCAUCCUCUGAUUCCAACACAGUUUGCUACAAAAGUCUGUUCCUGAGCAUUUGUCAGAACUGCACAGCUGUGCUCUGCUGCCGCAUGGCUCCGCUGCAAAAGGCACAGAUUGUUAAAAUGGUGAAAACUUGUAAAGGCAACCCAAUCACACUUUCCAUUGGAGACGGAGCUAAUGAUGUCAGUAUGAUUUUGGAAGCUCAUGUUGGCAUUGGCAUCAAAGGUAAGGAGGGUCGACAGGCAGUGAGAAACAGUGAUUAUGCUAUCCCCAAACUCAAGCAUCUCAAGAAACUUUUGUUGGCUCAUGGGCAUCUUUACUAUGUUCGCAUCGCACAUCUGGUGCAAUAUUUUUUUUACAAGAAUCUUUGCUUCAUCCUACCCCAGUUUUUGUACCAGUUCUUCUGUGGCUACUCCCAACAGCCCCUGUACGAUGCAGCCUAUCUGACGAUGUACAACAUCUGCUUCACCUCUAUGCCCAUCCUGGCUUACAGCCUCCUCGAGCAGCACAUUUGCAUCGAGUUUCUCCUUAAAAACGCCGCUCUGUACAGUGAGGUUGCAAAAAAUGCCAUGUUACGGUGGGACCUUUUCCUCUACUGGACCCUGCUCGGAGUCUUCCAUGGCUUAGUGUUCUUCUUUGGGGUUCGAUUUCUGUUCAGUAACCCAGCCUUGCAGGACAAUGGCCAGGUUUUUGGGAACUGGUCGUAUGGAACAAUUGUAUUUACUGUUCUAGUCUUCACUGUAACUCUAAAACUGGCUCUGGACACACGACACUGGACGUGGAUCAACCACUUUGUGAUCUGGGGUUCUUUGGCCUUCUACGUGUUUUUCAGCUUCUUCUGGGGAGGAAUAAUAUGGCCUUUCCUGAAGCACCAGCGUUUGUACUUUGUCUUUGCCAACAUGCUGAGCUCAGUAUCAGCAUGGCUCGUUAUCAUCCUGCUCAUACUGCUCAGCCUACUGCCAGAGAUCCUGUUCGUGGUGCUCCGCAAGCCCCGGGGACCCUACGCUCGAAAGCUGUCAGAGGAUGAACUCCUACAAGCACCCAGAUUGCAGCCGUCACACCCCUUUCCUAUAAGCACCUGAAGGAGCUCCAGUGAAAGGCUGCCAGGACUCGCCGCUGGACUUUGCCUCAUUCAGGUUUUUGUUUGGGUUUAAGGAGGUGACGAAGAGGGAGGAGAUCUGAAUAUGGAGACCUUGAGAAGAUGAAGAAACUUUUUUUUCAAACUGUUACUUUUCCAUCUUUUUCUGCCCAACGCAUGUCUGCAGAACAGUGCCCUGCGUUAUUUUAGAAAAUAUCAACCCGUGAUGGACAUGAGUUUUUUUCCUUUCACUUCUUCUUAUUUCUUUUUAUUAGCUUACAAAUACGCAUACAUGGCUGCCUUGUCCCUGGCUCUUUCCAAAUACUUUGUUUCAACAAGCAGUUGUAAAUCCACUCAAAGAAUGGUACAUCUGCAUGACAAAAAGACUCAGAACACCUCACCUGUUUUCAGUCACUUAUUUUUUCUGCAAACCUUUUUUAUAUUUAAAUAUUUUUUUCUUUUAAAUCUUUUUUUAAUCUACAAAUCUGAACCAUUCCAGAUGAAUUAUGUUACUGAAUGCAAUUUCAGUCCAGCUGAAAGCUACACACAGACUGUUAAUAGUUUGCUGGUGUUUAUGGGAUUCUAUCUUUUUGUUGAUAAAACUGAUAUCUGUAUUGAAGAUAAGAGUUUAUUAGAGGCCGUGUUACCACUGAAUCCAAAAAGCGUGUUUGUGCGUAAGACUGAGUGAUUAAAGACCUCAAUAUUUAACUUUUGGCAAUAAAAUUCCGAUUGUAAUUAAUUCUUUCAACCUCAGAGAUAAUUUAAGACAUAGGAAAAUUAAUAUAUGUGCGCAGUAAUGUUUAUAGCUUAUAUUAGCGUCUGCUCAAAGCCAAAAAGAUGAAUGCAGUGCAAUCAGAUUGUGUCCACACAAAUGUGACCUUAAAAUGAAAGGCCUGUGUGUAUGUGUGUGUUACAUAGAUGUGUUUGGAUGAGAAUAGUCACAAACGUCUGUGUGUAAAGAAAACCAAAUGUACUUGAACUUUGUUGAUUCGGGUCAGUUAGACAUUUUCUGCACUAUUAGGGUAACUGGUUCCUUUGUUACAGUUAUGAUCACUAAGGCACAGUAUAUAUGCCUGAACACACACACCUAAUAGCUAGACAGGACGUGGAUACACAACCAGUUACCCAUAUGCAUCAUACACAUCAAUGCACACAAAAAGUCUAAAGAAAGAUGUUUAGAUUCACUGUCAAUUAUGUGUCUUCUUAGACCAAAUCAGUGUAAAAUAACUCCAAAUUUACAGAAUCAGUAACGUAAAAAGCCACUGUGAGAUUCUGCUUCCCUGUUUCUGGUCUAAACAGCUGUUCCAGCAGGUUGAUCACAUUGUUGUUCACUUUUCUGUUCUUCAACGUUUUUUUACGUGUAGUGCUUUAAACAUUCCAUUUAAACCUGAUUUCGGACACUUUGAUACUUUUUUGUAACGUUAUUUUCUUCCACACAUCAGCUCGCCAUAUUUAUU